AUGUUGAUUUCUUGCUGGCUUCAAGAGUCAUUAUUCCUCAACAAUAUCAUUUUUGUAUUAAUAAAUCUAUGCAAUUUCGUAGUUUUUCUAACUUGCUCUGUUCCAACAACAACUCCUGUAAGUCUAGAUUAUCCUGAAUUCACAGAAACAAUUAUUUCAGCAAGUUCGAAAAUCAAGAAAACAAGCGCAACUGAAAACAACGGAAGUUAUUGUGAAAUCAACACCAACAAAACAGGAAAAGAUUAGCAAGAAAGAAGUUGAAGAAAGGGAAAAAGAAAAAGAAAAAGAGAAGAAUGAAGAAGGAGAGAAGAAAAAUGAUAAAAAAGAGAAGGAAAAUGUGAAAAAGGAAGAGAAAGAGAAAGGAAAAGAAAAGGAGGAAGCUAAAGAGGCAAAAGAAGUGAAGACAAGUGUUUUGACUGAUCCAAGAAGAGAUUGGGUAUUGAAAAAUGCAAAAACUGUAAGUUUUUUUGCGCGUGAAAUAAAUUGUUUUGUGUGUACACACAUGCAAAAAGUAUGUGCAUUAGAUCAAACAUUCUUCUUCCAGACCUGUGGUCAGUUAUCCAAAACUCAUCAAGAAAAAAUCAAAGGCUACCAACCAAAAGAUGUGACUUACAAAGCAUUUGAAGCUCAUGUCGAAUUGAACAGAUAUGCUGAUGUUUUUUGUAUUGAUCAAACACGAGUUGUUCUCAAAAAUCGAGACAAUGAUUAUAUUCAUGCGAGUUGGAUAACAAUUCCAGACUCAAAUACAAAAUAUAUUCUGACACAAGGUCCACUUUUGGAAACUGUUGCUGAUUUUUGGGCGAUGUGCUAUCAAGAAAAAGCGAAAUUCAUAUUGAUGUUAUGUCCGUUAGUUGAAGGAGAUGCUGAAAAAUGUUCGGUGUAUUUCCCUGAUGCGAAAGGAAAGACUGUGAAAUAUGGAAAACUGGAUGUUACAAUUACUGGCACAAAACCCGAACCAAUUGAAGGAGUUAUUUGGACGGUUAUAAAUAUCGUUGAUGAAAAUGAGACAUUUGAAAUCAAUCAUAUUUAUGUUCCAUGGUGGCCAGAUCAAUUAGCACCGGAAGAUCCGAAACCAAUGUUGAAAUUAUAUAAUUGGGUCAAAAAAGUGAAUCCGGAAAAUACUCCGAUUGUUGUUCAUUGUAGUGCGGGAGUUGGAAGAAGUGCAACAUUUAUUGGAAUUGAUUAUGCGAAUGCUAGAAUCAAACAAGAUUCUGAAAUUGCCAUGAUUGAUAUUGUUAAAGAACUUCGAAAUAUGAGAUAUCAAGCAAUUCAGUCACAUGUUCAGUUUUUGUUUUUGCAUGUUUGUCUUUUCGAGUAUUUUGUUCAGGUAUGUCUUCUGAAUUAGUUUGAUCAAAUCAUCGAGUUAAGACUCACGUAUAAAAUUUUCUUGUGGAUCAAAAAUAAGUUCCAAAACGAUUUUCAUUUUCUGCAUAUUUUUCUGAUUUUUUUCAGGAGCAUUGUGUGGAUCGUGAUUCAGUUGUCAAAACAUUUAUGGAUCAAUAUCAAAAACAUGCGAAAAGAAAACUGAAAAAACGAGAAGACGAGAACAAGCAGGUCAAAACUGCACAGACGAAUGAAUGA